GUUAGUUUGUCGAUUCAGGGUCCGGAUCCAAUUCAGUUGCAACAGCUCAAUUGAGUCCACCGAUCGACACAUCGCAUGUUGGAUCUCUCUCGUACUCCUACAUACCGACCGGCGAAGGGCCCGCCCAUACAAACCGACCACCAAAUCGACCGUCACCAGCCAUUCAAACCCAAAUGCCACAAUCCCAGAGACCUUCUCGCUGCAAGGUCGAGCUCGAACAUUCCGGACAAAUGCUGGACCAAUGCCGGGUUGACCGCCAGAACUACAGGACUCUGGACGAGCGCAAGAGGGCACACAAACUCAGCAAGUGGUCGCUUAGGGCAUCUUGGCUCAACGUGACUGGCCGCGGUGAAUCCACGGCUGACGCACAUGGCAAGGGGCCGCCGUACCCUUGCGCCCUGCAGAACUUGGCUCCGGUCGCUCUCUCAGUGUACGUAUCUGAUCGCUCUCUAUCGCGUCUGGCGGAGUGUUUGAUCCCUUACUGCGACCGAAUGUUCCCCCCCCAGUCGACCGUUCAACGUCCCGGGUAAAGCCGGUGGGUGAUGCGGUGUAGCCCCCCAGGCCCUGGCAGACCGUGGAGUCGACAAGACAGGCACGGACACGCCAGGAAUGUAUGAUCCUCAAGGGAUGGGAUUCCGCUCACAUGGCCUCGCACGGUGGUCCACGUCAAGGAGCUCAAGGUUCGCUGGUGGUCGGCGCCAGCAUUCCACACAAUGACUCUCGUCCGGACCAGCAAGUCCAUGUCUGGCUGCACUUGUUCUGACGAGGAUCGUCUUGCACGCGAACUCGGUUUUCAGCCUCGCAGGCUAAUCACCUCACCAGGUCACACGGCUCACGAGGAACUCACCGAUCGUGAUGGGUUGAGCUGAGCUGAGCUGUGGCUGCGGUGAUUGCCGACGAGACGCGAUCGGACAGAUCAUUGUGAUUUCCCAUGGUCGGUUUGCGCCGCGUCACACAUGGAUCGCGACUCUCUUUCUGGUCAUCCGUGUAACCUGCCUUUGUGGUCUGUCUGUUUGUCUGUCUGUCUC